GAGUUUUAUGAGGUUUGAAUUCGCUCUUCCUCUCUUUUUUUCUCUCACAGAAUAAAGAUCAUAGUUCUUUGUUCUUAGUGCUUAACUCUUUGUUUCUUCAUACUUCACCAAAGACUAGCUCUUUCUUGCCUAAAUCAUCUGUCCAGCUUCAUCAUUCCUCAAUAACAUCCUUCCUUUUCAUCAAAAACCUCUAUCUUGGUUUUCUCUUUUUUGUAGCCGCCUUUAUCCUCUAUUAAUGGACCCCUUGAAACACUUUCCGAGCAAAGAAGGAUGCAGUAGCAGUGAAUCAGGGUGGACAAGGUACUUAGCUUCGCCUAUGCAAGAUGAUUUUGAAUGCAGUGAAGACAAUUAUAACAAGUACAGCAUCAAAGAUGAUGAUGAUAACGAUGGUGAUGAUGGUGAGGGAAAUAGUGAUGAUUCAAUGGUAUCUGAUGCCUCUUCUGCCCCAAGUCAUCAUCAAUAUAAACAUGAUGAAGGUGAUUACGCUGGCAAGCAUUCUUCACGCAAGGAGGGAAAGAAAGAAGCGAAAAAGAGUGUCAAGAACAGUGGCAAAUCCAAACGGAGACUCGGUGGUCAAGCAAAGUCCGGCAAGUAGUCAGGUUGAGAACCUGAAAAUAUGGUAGAAUUGAAUUGAGCUUAGAGACAAGCUAAUGUAUCCUCUUUCCAAGAGUCUAUGAUCACACGCUUUGUUGCUUCUUUCUUUCAGUACUCAGAUGCCAUCAUUUUAUUGCAAUUUCUUUAUGAUUCCA